UUGAGUGUGAAUAGUAGAAAAUGCAGCUGGUCCAAGCUAUCGCUGCUUUGGUAGCUUUAUGGCUGGUGUGCACAAGUCCAAUCGAGGCCAAGUGCGGCUAUGAAGCCUGUCCAGCCGGCAAACCGAAUAUGAUUAAUGUGCACUUGGUGCCGCACUCGCAUGAUGAUGUCGGCUGGCUAAAGACAGUCGAUCAGUAUUAUUAUGGUGCCAAAAAUAAUAUACAGCACGCAGGUGUGCAAUACAUACUGGACUCUGUGGUGGCCGAGUUGUUAAAGGACCCAUCGCGGCGUUUCAUACAAGUGGAGACGGCAUUUUUCUUCAAAUGGUAUCAGGAGCAGACAGCAACAGUGCAGACUUUAGUAAAGAAACUGGUGAACGAAGGUCGCUUGGAGUUUACUGGUGGCGCCUGGAGCAUGAACGACGAGGCAGCGGUGCAUUAUCAAAGCGUCAUAGAUCAGUUUACAUUGGGCUUGAAAGUGCUGAAUGACACGUUUGGCGCUUGCGCGCGUCCACGCAUAGGCUGGCAAAUUGAUCCAUUUGGACACUCGCGUGAAAUGGCUUCAAUAUUUGCGCAAAUGGCCUACGAUGCCGAAUUCUUUGCUCGCAUGGAUCAUGUGGAGAAGACGCAGCGUCUGUCAGAUAUAGCGAUGGAAAUGAUUUGGCAGUCUAGCGCAUCCCUAAAGGAUGCGGACAUCUUUACUGGUCUGCUUUAUCGCCAUUACUCAGCGCCGCCAGGUUUCUGCUUUGACGUGCUCUGCAGCGACGCACCCAUUAUAGAUGGCAAGAGCUAUGACAACAAUGUGAAGUCCAGAGUGGAUGACUUUAUCAGCUAUGUGAAGAGCAUGUCGAAUUCAUUUCGAGCUACGCAUAUAAUGGUGCCCAUGGGUGAUGAUUUUCAGUAUGAGAAUGCUGAAAUGAAUUUCAAGAAUAUGGACAAGCUCAUCAAAUAUGUGAACGAACGUCAGGUUACUGGCUCCAAGGUGCAUGUGUUCUACUCGACACCGUCUUGUUAUGUAAACGAGCUGCAUAAGAUGCAGCUCACCUGGCCCAACAAGACGCAGGAUUUCUUUCCUUACGCCAGUGAUGAUCACUCAUACUGGACAGGUUACUACACCUCACGUCCCACCCAAAAACGCUUUGAGCGCAUAGGCAAUCAUCUGCUGCAGACAGUCAAGCAACUUAGCGCCUUCGUUCACUUGUACCACACUGAGUAUACUGGCAAACUGGAUGCACUGCGUCAGGUUAUGGGUAUAAUGCAGCAUCAUGAUGCCAUAACAGGCACGGAGAAGCAAGCCGUGGCCCGCGACUACGAUCGCCUGCUCAGCGAUGCCAUGACGCAGUCGCAGGAUACAGCACGCCUGGCGCUUACUUUGAUAACGAAUUUGGGUGUGCAGCAAUUCGACAGCUGCUUGCAGUUGAAUAUAAGUGUUUGCCAGGCCUACGACAGUGCUAAUAAUCUGGUGGUGACACUCUUUAAUCCUCUGGCGCAUCGCUCCACGCAAUAUGUGCGUUUGCCUGUGCUGGAAGAGCAUUAUCUGGUCACUGAUGAAAAUGGUCGGGAAGUGCCUUCCGAGCUGCUGCCCGUGCCUAGCCAACUGCUGGACUUGCCACAUCGCGCGCACAAUACAAAACAUGAGCUCGUCUUUCAGGCUACAGUGCUCAAGCUAGCUAACUAUUAUGUACGCGUAUUACCCAAGCCAAGAUCACAAAAGCUGUCUACACGCCAACGUUUCCAGCAGCUGGAACUGCUGCAGCAAAAGUCCAAAGCGGACGAGCCCGAGUUCACACUACAAAAUUCUCUUAUCAAGCUGGUGUUUGACACUAGCACAGGUCACUUGAAGAGCGUGGAAAUGAAUGGAGUAUCUGAGCCUAUAGAUCAAACCUUUGGCAUCUACAAUGGCGCGCGAGCCAACAAUGGCGCACCUAGUCGACGUUCCUCCGGUGCCUACAUAUUCCGACCUAAUGGCACCAUAGCUCUGUUGCAGCAAAAGCUCAGCUAUACAGUCCACAAGGGUGAGAAAGUGCAGGAAGUGCAUCAGCAGUUCAACGAGUGGAUUUCUCAAGUGACGCGCAUCUCGGAGGGUGUGAAUCGUGUCGAGUUCGAGUGGCUUAUUGGACCCAUACCUAUUGAGGAUGACAUUGGCAAGGAAAUCGUCAUGCGCUUUGACAGCAGCCUGCAGUCAAAUGGCAUCUUUUACACCGACUCCAAUGGACGAGAAAUGCUCCAGCGCGUGCGUAAUAAACGCGAAUACUUUACGCCCAAUAUGACGGAGUCUGUGAGUGGUAACUAUUAUCCUGUUACAGCACGCAUUGCUUUGCAGGAUGAGCACAAGCGUCUGGCUUUGUUGAAUGAUCGCGCUCAAGGCGGCUCUAGCUUGGCUGAUGGCCAGUUGGAGCUUAUGCUUCAUCGUCGACUGCUCAACGAUGACGCCUUUGGUGUGGGUGAAGCGCUUAAUGAAACACAGUUUGGCACGGGUUUAAUAGCACGCGGCAAGGUUUAUCUAAUGCUUAAUACGCCCACGCCGCAAUCCUCUGCCAGUGAGCGCUUGGCACAACAGGAAAUUCAUUUGCCCUUUUGGCCAUUCUUUAGUAAAACAAACAGUCCCAUUUUGAGCUCAGUGCCGUUGCCAGAUUUCAAUGACUUGCCUCAGGCGGUGCAUCUUCUCACCUUGGAGCCGUACUCCUCAAGCGAACUGCUGCUGCGUGUGGAGAACAUUAUGGACCAUGAAGAGGGUCGCACAGUUAGCUUCAACAUACGCCACAUAUUUGAGGGAUUAAGUGGGCAGGAGAUACGCGAAACUACGUUGGAUGGCAAUAUGCCACUUGCAGACAUGAGGAGAUUCAAAUUUCAACAAGAUGGAACAACGGUGCCGCAGUCUGCGGAAUUCUUUACAGCUCCUUAUGAACCCUUGCAGGCCAAUAAGGCAAGUGACUCAUCUAAAUUUAGCGUCACAUUGGAUCCAAUGCAGAUUCGCACAUUUAUUAUUAAGUGGGCGUAAAGAGUUGUUUACUAAACUCGGUUAAAUUAACCAAUAAAUACGUGUCAUUUUACUUGUUAACAGCAAAAUGUAUCAAUUAUGUAUACAAUUUUAAUAUUUUUGCGCCAAGCUCUUAUUGUGUAUAAUACUCAAUAGCUAAUUUUGCAUGUUUCGAACAGCGAUAGCUCUCGCACUUA